AUGGAUCUUAAAUUUCUUUUCCUCUUUGUCUUCUUGGCUUUAUCUGCAGUCCUCUCCCUGGGAGCAGCAGCAGAUCUUGGAGAAUUUGAAGUAGAACCAGAGGCAACUGGAUCAGAAGGUGGACAAAAAGAUGUCAGGUGUGGAGGCAAGAAAGGAGGCAAGGGAGGAAAGAAAGGAUGGAAGGGUUAA